AUGGCAAUCAACAAGGACUUGUAUGCCCUACAUGCAGUCGAUCCGUACACUAAGUUCCAUGCCCUAGUGACAACUCGUACGAAGUCAGUGAACUUCGAUCUUGAAACAUUGAUUGAACAGAUUGAGCAUACCUUCAAGACAAAAGUCGAUGAGAUUCAUAUGGAUGGAGAGUCCUCGCUCAAUGGGAUCAGCUUCAAAGAAUAUUUGACUGUGCCAUAUACACUAGAACAGAAUGGCCCUAGCGAGCGAGCCAGUGGAAUCAUCACUAUGAAAUCUUGA